GGUUCUUGGUGGGCAGCAGCGUGAUGAUCACGGGGCCUGAUGGGGGAGAACACGGUGAGAUUCAGCGCCGUCAGCGACAUGCUGGAGCGCAUUUCCAAGAGCAAGAAGCUGCCGGUGAAGCGCAAGACCUUCCGCACCUUUCUGGAUCACUUCUACACCGAUCGCGAGUAUUUCAGCGUGAUGCGCCUAGUUCUUCCGGAGCUGGACAGGGAGCGCGGCAACUACGGCCUCAAGGAAUCGGUGCUGGCCAAGUGCCUCGCCGACGCGCUGGGCCUGGCCAAGGGAUCCAGCGACGCCGACAAGCUCGUCAACUGGCGCAAAGGUGGGUCGAGCGUCGGGAAGAAUGCCGGUAACUUUGCGCUGGUCGCCGCCGAGAUCGUGGGCAGCCGCCAGAGCCACACCUCGGGCGGCCUCACCGUCAAGCGCGUGAACGAGCUCCUGGAUCAGCUGGCCGAGGUGAAGAGCCGCGAGGAGAAAUCCAAGGUCCUGGCGGAGUUCAUCAACAAGACCAAUCCCGUGGAGAUGAAGUGGCUGGUGAUGAUCAUCCUCAAGGAUCUCAAGCUGGGCAUCAGCGAGAAGACCGUCUUCAAGGAGUUCCACCCCGACGCCGACGAGGUGUACAACAAGACGUGCGAUCUCAAGCUGGUUUGCGAGAAGCUGGUGGAUCCCAAGGUGCGAUUCAAGCGCCAGGACAUCGAGGUUGGCAAGGCGGUGAGGCCGCAGCUCGCGUCCCGGGUGAAGAACGCCGAGGAUGCGUGGAAGAGGAUGAGGGGGAAGAGGGUGAUCGCCGAGUGUAAGUUCGAUGGUGAUCGCUGCCAGGUCCAUAAGGAUGGGAACGAGGUCCACUUCUUCUCCAGGAGCUCCAUCGAUCACGUCGAGUUUGCCGCGGCCAUGAGCAGCGUUAUCUGCGAGAACGUCAAGGCGUCGAAGUGUAUCCUCGACGGGGAGAUGGUGGUGUGGAACCGAGUGACGAACAAGUUUGCCGAGUUUGGGACAAUUCAUGCGGUGGCCAAGAAUGCCAAGGAUGGCGUCCAGAGCGACGAGCAGCUUUGCUACAUCGUCUUCGACAUUCUCUACCUGGACGAUUGCAGCGUGAUUCACCAGCCUCUCUGCGAGCGACAGAAGCUGCUCGAGCAGAAGGUGACGACUGUCCCUGGGCGGCUCGAGCUGCUUCAGCCGGAUCGGAGGAACUGCGGUGGCCAGCUCUGGUCGAUCACUCCACAGUCCGCUGCCGACGUCGAGAAGUUCUUCCUGAUGACCGUGGAUAACAGGGAGGAGGGAAUCGUCGUCAAGGACUUCGAUUCCAAGUGGGAGCCUGGGGACAGGAGUGGAAAGUGGAUGAAGCUCAAGCCCGACUACGUGAAGGAGAGCGAGAUGGAUGUGCUGAUCAUUGGUGGCUACUAUGGAUCGGGACGGCGGGGUGGUGAUGUGGCUCAGUUUCUUCUCGGCAUUGCCGAGCGUCCAGCGAGCGGGUAUCCGACCAAGUUCCACUCGUUUUGCAAGGUUGGCACGGGGCUCAGCGAUGAAGAGUGCCGAGUUUUGGUUGACAAACUAAGGCCGUAUUUCAGAAAAUAUGACAAGAACACCAAGCCUCCGAGUUACUACGUGGUGACUAACAACGCCAAGGAGCGCCCGGACGUGUGGAUCGAGCAGCCGGACAAGUCUGUGCUCCUGGAGGUGAAGAGCGAUAUCCGAAAGAUCAAGUCGGAGGUGUUUGCCUCGCCUUACAGCCUCCGCUUUCCAAGAGUUACCAGGGUCCGGUACGACAAGCCUUGGAACGAGUGCUUGGAUAUCCAGGAGCUUGUGAGGAUGGUGGCGGAGGACGCAGGUGCUGGUGUAAAUGGAGAUGGUGAUGGCGGCCGGAAGAAGAAACAGGAGAGGGCUCCCAAGAAGAAAGCUCCAAAGCUUCCUUUGCUGGCGCCUCAUAUGCAGCAAACAGACGUUUCCGGUGUGAAGAAGGUGUCCGACAUGCUCAGCGGCCUGGUCUUCUUCCUGGUGAAUUUCAAGCUCGAGGAGAAGGAGAGGUUCCACAAGCUGGUGGCCGAGUAUGGAGGGAAGUUUUCGAUGAACUUGAAUGGCGACGUAACUCACGUCCUUGCCGAGAGUCCGAAGGGCCUUCUGUACGAGACCGCAACCAAGCGAGGGGACGUGAUCCAUUCCUCGUGGUUUAUGGACUCGAUUGCUGCGAAGGAGCUCCUUCCGCUCAGGCCCAAGUACAUGCUUCACCUCUCGUACAAAACGAGGGAGACUCUCAAGGACACUUUGGACGAGUUUGGAGAUCACUACUUUGUGGAAGUGGACGAGGCAGACAUGAAGCAGCUGUUUGGACGCAUGCGAGUCGAGGACCUCUCAGUGAACGAGAAAGACGUGGACGAGCACAGGGGCAGCCUUGGCGACAGGAAGAACAUCUUUGAAGGCUGCUCGUUCUACUUUUACUAUCCUCGCGAGGCGGCAGUAGCAGAUGAAGCGAUGAUUGCUGGAGUCGUUCUCAGGAGGCUGGAAGUGGAAGUGGAAUUGCGCAAGGGUGCUGUGAAGCCGUCUCUUGCUGGAGCGACUCAUAUGAUCGUGUUCUGGGACAGCGAAAGGGAUCACAGUGAAGCCGGUCUCUCUUUCUCGGAGAACAAGCUGGUUUCAAGCAAGAAGCUGAGAGUCUUGAGUCACAGAUGGUUGGAGGAGGCGCUGAGGAGGGACAGUGUUCCUCCGGAGGACGAUUACGACGUGAGGCAGGCUUUGGGAUCUCGGCUGGUGGAAGAGUCUCCUCCACGACAAGAAGAAGAACCAGAGCUUUUGAAAGAAAACUCGGAGCAUGAAGCCGGAGAUGAAGAGCAGGAUGAGGAGAGGGUGAGUGUUUUUGAUACUCUAGUUUUGGAAGAGAUGGACGGGCCGGAGAACGAAGAACUCCCACCGAAGAAGAAGCGGCACUUGCAAGGGAUGGCUACCCCGACUCUGGCGAAGACGCUCACUUUGCCAACUACAUCAUCGAGUUUGGACUUGUGGCCUACCACGCAAGAAGCUGGAGCAAAUCCGACACUGGUGAUCUCGGAGACUUUGAAGCUUCCAAGUUUCGAGCCACAGAAGUUAGCAGCUUGCUCGGAAACUUUGAAGCUUCCAAGUCUUGAGCCACGGAAGUUAGCAGCUUGCUCGGAGACAUUGAAACUUCCCGAAACUCCUCCAGCGACAGUGAUCACCGAGACUGUGAAGCUUCCGAGCUUUGAGCCGGACAAGGCGUUUGACAACUUGCUGGCGGAUUUUGCGUUCCUUCCCUCGAUCACAAGGGAAGCUCCUGCGAAAGGAUUUGCAGCUCCACAGCAAAACAAGCCACGGAUAGUUCAAGAGGAAGUAGCGAAGGAAGACACAGCGAUGAAGAAGAGCAAAGCAAGCUACAAGAUAGAAGUUCCUGUGGAAGGAUUUGCUGGAGGAUUUGCUGCUCCACAGCGAAACGAGCCAGGGGCGUUUCAAGAGAAUGGCAGCUCCUCCCGGGAAGAAAUAGCGAUGCCCAUGCCCGCCAAGAAGAAGAACAAAACAAGCCUCAAGGAUGUGGUUCGCAACUUACUGUAAAUUAUCAUGUAUUUAAUUAAUCCUGAUUAUGUAACUUGGUUUAGUAAAAAAACGGGUUUAAUUUGGA